AUGUGGAAGUCGAUGGCUCUUUGGCUGUUGAUACUUGCGACUCUGCUCCAGGUAUCAGUGCAGGGUCCUCACCAGCGGUUUCUGCUCAGGGAGCUGCUCAGGGACUAUAACCCCAUGGAGAGGCCGGUGGCCAACGACUCCCAGACUCUCACUGUUCAGUUCUCCUUUACUCUGAUGCAGGUCAUGGAUGUGGAUGAAAAGAACCAGGUCCUCACCACAAAUGCUUGGCUGCAGAUGCAGUGGUACGACCACUACCUCCAGUGGAACCAGUCAGAGUAUCCUGGAGUUAAAAACCUCCGUUUCACUUCUGACCAGGUCUGGACACCUGACAUAUUGCUUUACAACAGUGCUCAUGAUAAGUUUGACGCCACGUUUAAGACCAACGUGCUGGUUAACUCCAGUGGCUUCUGUGAGUAUCUGCCUCCAGGAAUAUUUCUCAGCACAUGUAACGUGGAUGUGCGAUGGUUUCCAUUCGACAUCCAGCGUUGUGAACUGAAGUUUGGCUCGUGGACAUUUGAUGGUUGGCUGCUGGACAUCCAGAUGAAGGAGGCAGAUGUGUCAGGAUACAUGACCAAUGGAGAGUGGGACCUAGUGGAGGUCCCUGGAGGGCGUCAUGAAGUUUUCUAUGACUGCUGUGCAGAGCCCUACCCUGAUGUUACCUUUGUGGUGACAUUACGAAGAAGGACCUUGUUUUACGCUCUUAACCUCCUCAUCCCCUGUGUGCUCCUCUCCACCAUGACCCUGGUGGUCUUCCUGCUCCCCGCCAACUCGGGGGAGAAGAUCAGCCUGGGCAUCACGGUUCUGCUUUCUCUGACGGUCUUCAUGCUAAUGGUUGCUGAGAUUAUGCCUGCCACUUCAGAUUCUGUACCCCUGAUAGGGCAGUACUUUGCCAGCACCAUGGUGAUCGUCGGGAUGUCAGUAGUGGCCACAGUCAUCGUCCUUCAGUUCCAUCACCACAGCCCCAACAGUGGACACAUGCCACGUUGGGUGCACUUGGUUCUGCUGCAGUGGGUUCCAUGGUUCCUGCGGAUGAAGCGUCCAGGCGAGGGAGUGGAGCCGCCUCUUUCCAACUGCCAGACAGACCCUCAGAGCAGAACCCUGUCCUCUCCUACCACCACCACCACUACCACCACCAUCCCCACACCAGUGCCCCCCAUCCACCCUCAGAGCCUCACCUCCCUGCAGGCUAGCCUGGCUCACCCCAAUCCACAUCCACAGCCCAACGGCCAUCUGCUUUACAUGGGCUUCCAGACUUUCCAGACCACUGCAGAACUGGAGCCAGUUCCGUGGAGCAGAACCACAAGUCACGGGAGGGGUAACAGUGGACUAGGUGGAGGGGAAGUAGAGGGAGCAGCAGGCAGACCAGCUGGAGAUACACCUAUCCAUCACCACCUCCAAUCUUCCAAGUUUGGGAGCCCCCCGCAUGAAACUCCACUAUCCCCAGACCCUGACCCAUCAGCCACAUCCUCUGGACCCUGCGGCGUAGAGGCUGGGCCCGGAGCAGGGACAUCAGCUGCUAUACUUACCCACAGCGGUGUGAUUCGAUCUGUGGCAGUAGAAAACCAGCUGCAGGCUCUUCUGGUGGAAGUGCAGUUUUUAGUCGAACGUGUUAAGGAGCAGGACCGGCAGCUCAGUUUGGCAGAGCAGUGGCAAUUUGCUGCAGCUGUCAUCGACCGUCUGUGCCUGAUGGGAUUCAGUGUUUUCAACAUUAUCUGUACCAUUGCUAUUCUCAUGGCUGCACCCAACUUUGGGGAAGCACUAUCAAAAGACUUCAUCUGACAGACCAAAAACAGAGAGAGUGGGAGACUUUAAGGCAUAAUGCAGAUAAGUAUUU